UGCAAAACCCACUAAUAGGAUCUGUGCUGCUGAGUAGAUCCAUAAAAAUAGAACAAUCCUCAGAGGAACCAGACUGUCUCAGUCUCAUCCCUCCGACAGCACAAGCUGCUGCUUUUUUUUUUUCUGGAGUCGGAUGUUUUGAGAGCUCUCAAGCUUGAGGCAGGAUGUCGAGGUUUCUUGUUCAGAUUCUCUUCAUCACUGAAGUCAUGCUCUGUGCCGCUGACUCUCCUCCACUCAACGAGGAAACGCUGAAAAAACUGUCUGCAGCUGGAGAGCAGUAUGUUGGUGAGGAAAUAAAGGGAACUUUACUCGGGGUGAAGCAGGUGAAGGAAAUGAUGGAGAAGAAGGAAGAGAAGCACAGACACCUGAUGGAUGCCCUGAGGCACAGCAGUGACAAGAAGAAGGGGGCGAUGCAGCUAGCCAAGGAAACAGAGCAAAAACUGGAGGAAGCCGAACAGCAAUGUCAAGAUUUAACCAAAUCUUCAUUUGGGGAGUGUCGACCAUGUCUGGAAGAUUCUUGUAAGGCCUUCUAUACGUCCACGUGUCGCCGCGGCUUCGCCUCUUUCUCGUUCAAGGUAGAGGAGUUUUUCAGGAAACUGGCCACUAAGUUAGACGAUACAGACCAGGUCCAGAAUAAAAAUGAGGAGAAUUCAGGUGGAACUGUGCCAGCUGAAAACCGGGUCACAGAGGACAAAUCCAAUAUGGAGCUGCUGCAGGCCGAAGCAUUGUUCAGCGAGCUGUUGUCAAAUAUUAACCUUUUGUACAACCAGAGCAUUGGCCUGGCCAAGAAGAUGCGACAAGUGUUUGGUCACUCCUUUCUGGAAACCUUCACUACAGAGCUCCAAUCCAGCUCGCUUUCAACGAGCGGGUCGAGCGCUGGCUUCUUCGGGUCGGUGGGUUUGGAGCACGUUCUUCAUUCAGUGUUUGACUUUGGGAAGAACAUGCUGGGGGACUUCAGCGCCCCAGGGGCUGAUUUGUUUGAAGAGAUAAAAGAAGCGGAAGAGUAUGUUCAGCAAUCAAUUCGAGAUACAGACUUGUUUUCGGCAAUGGGACAGUGGCAGAGUGGAUAUAUGUGCAGAAGACUUCGCAGACAAGCGUCAGAGUGCUGGAAGCUCCGAGACCUGUGUGAGACAUGCAGGGAAGAUCUGUUAAAGGCAUGUCCCAGUGUGCAGCAGUUACACUCUGAGAUGGAGGAGAUGUACAUGCUGCUGAACGCCUCUCGUCAGCAGUAUGACGGCAGGCUGCAGCUGGUCCACAGACACACAGCAGACACUCAGAGAUGGCUCAACAGCAUGCACGACAAGUACGGCUGGGUUAGUCAGCUGUCGAACAGCACCGUGGACCAACGCAGCGUCUUCACUGUGAUUGAGGUGAGUCCACAGCAACAGAUGAAGAAUAACAAACCUAAAGCAGACAACAGUGUCACCGUCUCUAUAAUGGAUUCAGCUCCAGUAACCAUACUGGUCCCAGCAGAACUGGAGAUGGAUGACCCGGCUUUCAUCCAACAUGUUGCUCAAGAGGCUCUGACGCUCUAUAAACGGCAGAUAAAAGGAAUGGAGUAAUGUGAUAAAACCAGCAUGGAAACUGUUUCUUCAGAUGAGCCCAGGACAUUCGGGUUUCCUUAAGCACAAUUAAGCUGAUACUUGAAAAUGUGCCGCAUAGACCUCUAAACCUUCAUAUGCACAGUUUAUGUUGAUCUUGUUUGUGUAUGUUGAUUCUUAGGUUUUCAUAUAUCUCUGCAAUAAAACAGUACACCCUCCACAAA